CUUGCUUCCUCUUCCCUCACUUCCUGCAGCAGCAGCGAGGUGUUGACAAACUGCCGCUGUUGGCUCGUAAACAUGGCGACCGCUGGAGCAACUGGAGACGACUUGAAGAAAGAGCUGACGUGCGCCAUUUGUCUGGACUUCUUCAAAGACCCUGUCAUACUGAAGUGCGGCCAUAAUUUCUGUCGCUUUUGUAUCUGCAUGCACUGGGAUGAAAAUGGCGGAGACUACGGGUACCAGUGUCCUCAAUGCCGGACGGUAUUCAACAAGAGGAGCUUCACCAAGAACUACUUGGUGCAGAACCUAGUGGCCAAACUGGAAGACCUGGAGCAUCUGGGCUCUGCCCCUGCUCCGUCUUCUAAGCCCGUGAAACCGGAUGGAAAGUGUGAGCAACAUGGCGAAGAGCUGAAACUCUACUGCCAAACUGAUAAGAGGCCCAUUUGUGUUGUCUGCAGGGAAUCCAGAGCUCACAGACAUCAUCAGGUGGCUCCGGUGCCAGAAGUUGUGAAUGAUAUGAAGAUGCAGUUGAAAGUGAGGUUGAUGGGGCUCAACUGGCAGAAGUCGCAAUAUGCCAAAAUUAGGACAAUAGAUGAGCGGACUAAAAAUGAAGUGCGGUUGAAGAAGCAGCGGCUGAAGGAGAAGAUCGAAGCGGAUGUAGGGGCCUUGGUCCAGUUCCUGCUGGAUGAGAGAGACUCUCUCCUGGACAGCCUGGACGCGGAGGAAGCGUCCACGUUGGCCGUCAUCGACGACAACCUGGAGUAUUGUGAGGGCGAAGCAGCCGACGUGGACAAACUCAUCGCUGAUAUUCACCAGCACAUGGGUGGGAAGACCAACUUUGAGAGCCUUGCUGAAACAUUUAAUGAAGCAAUGCAUCACAAGACUUUCUCAUCUCUUGAGCCGGUCAGUUGUACGACUGACUUCACAGACUUCUCAGGGCCCUUCCAACUCAUUAUGUGGAAGAAGAUGAUGCACGUGCUGCACACCAUGCCUCAGAACCUGACCCUGGACCCCGACACCGCUCACGCGAACCUCCUCAUCUCAGACUUUGACACCAAAGUGGAGGAGGGCUGCGUGCGCAGCCAGGAGCCGGACCUUCCGGGCCGCUUCAACCGGUUCUGCGGCGUGCUGGCCACGGCCCAGUACGCCAGCGGCCAGCACUACUGGGAAGUGGACGUCAGGGACAAAGGAGUGUGGUACCUGGGCGUGACGACCGAGUGCAGCAACAGAAAGGGCUUCGUCAACCUGACGCCGUCGGCGGGCUACUGGAGCCUGUGCCUGCAGGACCGGCUCUACGCCAACGUGGAGGACGGCCGCAUUCCCCUCGCCGACUACUGGAACUCUCCCCGCGUCGGCGUCUACCUGGACUACGACAACGGGCGCCUCUGUUUCUACGACGCCGUCACCAUGAAGAGACUUUACAUGUUCGACACCUGCUUCGCCGAGCCCGUCUACCCUUUCUUCAGCCCGGGGAAGAACGACGUCGGCAGCAGGCUGCAGAUAUGCCACUAUUAUUAACGGAGGCGUGACGAGCAGUUGCCGAGAGUCCCGACCCGCGCUUUCAGGUCAGCCCGUCGCAAAGGCGUCUUCUCAUUAGACGUUGUUGUCGUGUGCGUUUGAGCCGUCGCCUGCAGGUCCUGCAGUGAAUAUGAACUGGAUGAACGUUCUCAUCCUGGACCCCCCCCCCCCCUUCAAAAUUAGACACAAACUGUAGGCUCCCACCCCCGGUUUACUACGGUGGGGGGUUUGGAGAGGUGCUCCGCUGUUCACGUCCAGCACUGUGUCUGUGGGGAUGUUUUCAGAAGUUCUGGGCGAUUUAAAGCAUACUAAGUUUAUACUCUGAACGCCCGCUUUCUCUUGAUUCCAAGGCUCAGUUAGGCCCGCUUCUCUGGGGAUUUCAGUCGAAGUUCAGAUUUCUCGGACUAAUGGAUCGGCGAAAGUUUUACGGAAACUGUUUUAUUAAAAACAUUUUAAACCACCGUUAUUUGUCCUUGUUUGUGCCAUUUUUGCGGUAAGCAGGUAGCCUUAAGGUUUGCUUUAGAGAUGCCUAAACAAAUGUGAAACUUUUGAUCCAGCGGCAGGAACAAAGAGCUACAGGUCAAAGUUAUUUGACGUUAGGCUGUAUUCCCACGUAUUAAGCCACUUGGGAGGUUAAUGUUUUUGCUUUACACAUUCCAUUUAUAACUUGUUAUUCAAGCGCAAGAACCUGGAUUUGAGUGAAAUCAAAUGUUGGUGUUGAAUGUUGACCGUUUUUUUAUCUUCUUGCUUUUUAUGUUUUAUCUUGUUUUGAGUUGAUUACUGCUGUUCUAUAUGGCUGCAAUGUAUUUGAAUUUCCCUGUACCUUAUGAACGUUUACUGAUAUAUUUUUUUCAUUUUAUUUUUUUUUAGUUAAGUUUUUAAUGGAUGUCUUAAGUUUUUAAGUUGUGCUGUUAGGGUUCUCUAUGUUUUAUUUUGACUUUGAGUGUAAAGUCCUGAAUGUUAAAAUGGAAAAGUGUCAUGAAUUUUUUUUUUGGUCCUGAAGAAACGGCUCUGAGUAUCUGGACUUUGUGUUCCAUCUUUUUUUUUUUUUUCUUUCUUUUUUUUCUCCUCUCUUUGUGCUUUCUCCAUGACUGCAGCUCAGUGGAUUUCUUAACCCAGUUGUAUUAAAUUCAUUUCCAUAAGCAGUUUAGGAUUCUUUUGAAAUGUGUCAUAAAGUGGGACUCCUGCAUCUUGCCAAUUAUUUAAGGCUCUCACACUCUGUAUGAAUAUAUAUUCUCUUUCAUUUCAAUAAAAUCAGGAGAACACAGA